UUAAAUUUUAAAUAUAUUUAAAAGAAAGAAAAGUAUUCGUAUGUUUUUUUUAAUAAAUGUUAUAUUAACAAUUUGUAAUGUAUAUAUACUUUCUGAUUUGAUAGAGAAGUAAUAGUUCAUAUAAUAUUUAUUAAAUAUAAAUUACAAUGCUACGAAAGCCUAUACGUACAUACCAAAGAAGAAAUAUUCCAAAUCCGUUGAUAAAAAUUAGUGACUUUGCUAAAGUGGAUUUAACAUUAAAAACUGACGAUAUUCUCAAAGAACAAUAUGGAAUUAAUAACGUUAAUGAAAAUAAAUUAAGUGAAGAUUCAUUAAAUUACGAUCCUUUUGAAACAACAUUUGAUAGAAUUGCUAAAGAUGCAGUAGUACCAGCAAUACCGCCUGAUUGUAUUGACAAUAACUCAUGGAGCGGUAGUAGUUCUGAUAUAAAUAGUGAGGAGGAAAAUAUAAAUGAAUCUUUAUUUCAUAUUUCUUUUUGUAAUUCUAAUGUUAGUGUUAGCCCAAAUAUGAAAUAUACAAAAUCUUUAAAAGUGCUACCAUAUAAAAAAAAUGUGAAACCUAAAAAUAAAAAAACGUCUAUAACAGGAGCUUUAUAUAAUUCACAGCAUACAAGAGAAAUAAGAAGUGUUAAGAAAAAAAAUCAGACUAAGGCUUGCAAAAGUAAAAGAAUAAAGAAAAUUCAAAAAACAAAAAAUAAAAAACAAAGUAAAUCAAAUAAUGGAGGAAUUUUAUAUUCCGUGUUUAAAAAUUCUAAUGACCAAUUAUAUGAGUCAGAUAUUGUUAAUGCUGAUAUUAAUAAAAUGACUAAUAAUGAGAAUAUUAAUAAUAGUACUGUCCCUUAUAAGAAUAUUCAUAAAAAAAAUACUGAUUUAUUACGCUGCAAUAAAUGUGAAUUACAUAGCCCUUUAAGGAAAACUACUAACAUUUCAAAAAUUAAUGAUAAAAAGAAAAUAUGCCGAUUGACGUCUAUUAAAAAAACACAAAAGAUUAACAAUGAAAAUAAUGAAAACCUCUCUUUAACAUCAUCAGUAUCACAUAACAUUCCUGAUUCAAUGGACAAGUUUAAAAUUAAACCUUGUUCUGUAGUACUGUACAAAAAUAAUAUAGAAAAGUGUAAGUUUAUGGUUAAUGAAUCCAAAUAUAUAUUAAAAGAAUGUCACUUAGUUUUACAUAAGAUAUCAAGUAAUUCUAUAAAUAGCAAAUACAAAUCACCUAUGAAUGACUUGAUCUGCAACAAUUCAAACAGUAUAAGUAAGGAUUUAAAUUCUGAAAAAAAUCCAGUGAGUAGCACACCUGUCAUUAAAUGUAAAAGAAGAUCAGCAUAUUCUCCUUGCUAUUCACCAAUUGAUAUUACAAAAUCUCAUGCUAUAAGUGACAUUCCCGCAUUGCUUGAUCAGUUACAGUCAAAUAAUUUGCAUAUAUUAGAUGAGACAAGUAUAAACGCUUCCACUAAUGUUGAAUCAGAUAUGAAGGAUAAGAUUUUAUAUAUAAGAGAUAGAAAAAUACGAAAAUCAACAUCAGUAGAUAAUUUGUCAAGUAGUGAAGGUAUUAAGCUUGAUAUACAAGAACCAGAAAUAUUACAUUUAAGCAUUUCUAAAAAAAAUUCAAAUUUUAUCAAUAACAGGAAAACAUAUGCUACAAUAUUUAUGGAUGAUAGCAUUGAUAUAGCAUUGAAACAAAAGUAUAACAAAACACAUCUGGAAGAUAAUCCAUUGUUAAAUCGUAUAAACUUUUCUAUAGAGACAAAUAGAUCGUGUUCCUUGUUUGAUGAUGAUGAAAGUAAAUUAUAUGCUUUGGAAAAUGAUAACAGCAUGAGUGCAAUAAAAGAAAAAUCAUUUACAAAUAUGAAUGUGCAUGAAAAUAAUGAUAAUACUGAACUAAAGUUGAAACCUAUUAUUUCAGAUAUAUAUAAUACAGAAAAAAUUAUAAAAUCAGAAAUAUUAAAGAAAGAAGAACCACUUACAACAAUUACAAAGGAAAAAUCUAAUGAGGAACAUAUUGAAAAUGAAGAUACCAUUGAAGAAAGAAGUCAUGGCAAAUCAAUGGAUGAAAAUCAAAGUCAAUUCAAUAUGAAUGAAACAAUUAAUUUUUUCACUCGAUUGAAACAUUCAGUAAAAGUUACUGAAAGAAAACAACCAGAUAGGAAAAGGAACUUUUACUUAAGUAAUAUUUGUGAAAAUGAAAAUGAUAUUACUCAAUAUUCAACAUGUGAAAUGUCACAAUACAAUAAGAAAGUGAAUGACUAUAUUUUGAAUCAAGAUCCUACGAAGAACGUAACUAAUACUUCUGUAAAUAUUAUUACACAGUGUGAUGAGCCAAAUUUAUUAAUCACUGAGCAAAUACCUUCUUUAUCAGGAAAGUUUAUAUUUUUAAAGCCAGGCAAGUCUUGGACACGUUCUUUAUCCAUUCUACAUAACUUUCAGAAUGGAUUAAAUCUAAAUAGAACAUCUACUGAGAAAGGUAAAAGAUGGAGGCAUAGUGUUAAGGAUAUAUUAGAUAUGCAGAAAAAAGAUGAAUGUGAUACAAAUCAGUUUAUUAAUUUAAAAAGAUUUGUUAGAAGAACUUCUAUUCGUGUUGUAUGCGAUAAUAGAAUUAUCAAAAAUGCUAGUGAUACUUCAUUUCUUGAAGUAUAUGGAAUUAAAACUACUGUCAACAAUGAACAUAUAUUACCGGAAACUAGUUGUAACACUGAAUAUAGUACUCAGCAUAAUGAUAUGGAAAAUAAUUGUGCAGAAAUUUGUUCAUCAGGAACUGCAAGAGAUGUUAUUUUACAAAAAUGUUCCCAAAAACAUUAUUUACCAUUCAGAGAUUUGUUUUCAACAAAGUAUUUGAAAUUUUGUCGAAAAAUAGGAGAAGGUGUAUAUGGAGAGGUAUUUCUUUAUGAAAAGGACACACAAAAAUCUGUUCUAAAGAUUAUACCUAUAGAAGGUGUUCAAUUAGUUAAUGGAGAAUCACAAAAGAAAUUUGAUGAAAUACUCUCAGAAAUUGUUAUUGCAAAAGAGUUACAUAAUUUAAGAUUUAACAAAAAUCAUAACACAAGUGGAUUUGUUGAAGUAAAAAGUAUUAAAUGCAUUGAAGGAAAAUAUCCUGAAAAAAUGGUAAAUUUGUGGAAGAAGUAUGAUGAAGAGAAAACAUCUGAUAAUGAUUGCCCAUCAAUUUUUGAUGAAAAGCAACUUUAUAUUUCUCUUGAACUUGGUCAUGGCGGUCAGGAUCUUGAAUCUUUUGAAUUUCACACAGCUGUAGAAGCAUAUGCAUUGUUUAUACAAGCUACAUUAGCAUUAGCAGUCGCUGAAAGAUCACUUAAGUUUGAACAUAGAGACUUGCAUUGGGGGAAUAUCUUGAUUUCUCAUACAGAUGAACAAUAUAUAUACUAUAAACUUGAUAAUAAAGAUAUUUCAGUUUCAAGUAAUGGUAUAAAAGUGUGUAUCAUAGAUUUUACUCUUUCAAGAAUGUCAUAUCAAGGAUGCUGCAUAUUCAAUGAUUUAGCCUUAGAUCCUGCAUUAUUUACUGCUCAAGGCGAAUAUCAAUUUGAGAUUUAUCGUCUUAUGAAAGAUAAAGUACAAAAUAAUUGGCAAAAAUUUGAACCAUACACAAAUAUUUUAUGGUUGCAUUAUGUCCUGGAUAAAAUGUUAACAAUGGUUAGAUAUAAAAAGAAAAAUUUAAAAAAACAUAAAAAUGCUUUAAUUCAGCUUUACAAUCUAAAACAUGUAAUAUUAUCCUAUCAAAGUGCAUUUGAUUUCGUGAAUAAUUGUCAACAAAUCUCAAAUUUAUUAAUAAAAUGAUACAAAAUUUGUAGGAAUAAUUAAAAUUAUAUUAGCAUAUUAGUAUGAACUACACUAUCAUGCUUAUUGCAAAAAAGCGAAGCUUUUAUAACAAAAGUCCAUAAAAACGUGUUAAUGCGUGCUUUCUAAAGAAAAUUAAUAGUGAAUCUCUAAUUCUAUAAUCUUUUUUUCAUUUUACUUGUUUCAUUGAAUUUGUAUAUGUUAGAAAAAGUUUCUGCUUUAUUAUUAUACUUUGUGGAAGAUUCAAUCAUAUCAUAAAAAUGUUCUUUAGAGUAGUCCAUUGGAUAUUGAGCACAGUACCAUUUAUCUUCUACUCUAUAAGGCUUGACAUCAAGAUUUGUUUGAUAUAAAACUUUUGAUAAUAAUAUUCUCUUUAUAGUCUAUAAAUUCAAUAAAUAUAUAAUAUAAUAAUAAAAGAAGGAGAGAAAUUAAAUUACACACCUUAGCAGUUAUAUGACUAAGAAAGUUUCCGAAUAUUCGCAAGCUUUUUAUGAGUGAAAUCUUUUUUAAAGAAUUUAGAAUAUUUACCAUACCAUCGUCAGUUAUUUUAUUAAAUGAAAUAUCUAAAAACUUGAGCUUGGAAAAUGGUAUAGUAUGACUUAAUAUCCUUAUAGAAAGAAAUAAUUUUAUAUAUAAUACAAUUUUAUACAAUAAUAAAUAUUAAUAAUAAAUAAUAGAAUUAACAUAUAGUCUUAUAAACUUUUGCAAAUCAUUCUACUACCUUGCACCAUGAUCAGUUAUAAUAUUUUUGCUUAAAAUAAGGCCACAUAAAGCAGAAGAUUUUAUAAGCCAAUUAGCAAGAUGAUGCAUUCCAUGAUCUCCUAUAUUGUUACAAGCAAGAUCAAGGAAAUGUAAUGUGUAAUUAUAUUGUGCAUUCAUCAUCAUACAUUCAAUGUCAUGGCAAUUAAAACCACAUUUUUGUAAGUGCAAUCCAAACAAACAAGUAUUAUUCUGUACAAAAAUUUAAGCAUUGUAAAUCGUGAAAAAUGUUUAAAUAAAUUAAUAUUAUAAAAUAUAAAGUUACUCUUAACAUAUGUCCGAUUAGAGUUGCAAAUUGUUCUGCAUUAAAAAAAUACAUACAUCCUGGAUUUGGACGACUGAUGUCCAAAAUUUUUAAAGUUUCAUUGUAUAUAGGUUGAUCUAAUCUCAUAACUGUUGUGAAAUAUAUUAAACUUGAAAUAGUUUGAUCAACUUCUGCUAUAUCCAAAUAUUCUAAGUAUGGAUUUUUCAAUAAUAGUAAUGCUAUUUUUUUGGAAGACUAUAACAAUUAUGAUCAUCUUACAUUUAAGAAUUAUUUAAUGAACUUUUAAAGAAAGAAUAAAAACAAUAAUAAUUACUUCAACGCCAAACUUAUUCCCACUUAAUUGAAGACUCUUGAUGUGUAAAUUUUGUCCUAUUUCACACAUAUAAUCAAUUCCUGCUUCCAUUAUGUUAUUAUUUUGAACAUUCAACUUGUAUAUAUUUUUAUAUAUCUAAAAUAAUAUUCUUAUAAUAUCGCAAAUUAUUAUACUUCGAUUUUAAUCUAUCUUACAAGUAAGUAAGUAAUCAAAUUUUUGAAACCAAUACAUGUAAUUUGGUUGUAUGCUAAGUUAAGGGAUACAAUGUCUUGAUUUUGUUUAAGAAAUAUCAAUAAAAACUUUAUAUCCGAAUCUUCUAGUUGUUUGCUAACGUUAAAAAUAUAUAAAAUUUAUAAAUGAUCAAACAUUAUCUCUAAAAAAUAUUAACAAAUACUUAUUUUCAAAUACAAUCACCCUUUCAUGA